AGUUCGGCGACGGCCCCGCCCCUCGCCUGCCUCGUCCCGCCCCUUUAGAGGUAGGGACAGCGCGGCUUCCGCCGGGAGCCCGGAACCGAGCCCGGGAGCCGGGGGCGGGGCGCCAGUGCCCCCUCCGCCAGCCCCAACCCGCAGACGGCUCCCUGUCUCCCGCGCCCCAAUUUCGAUUUUCAAACGCAACUCCUACAGGAUUCUGAGACCCUCGCCCCAUCUCCCAUAUCCCAUUUCCAGCUGCAAAUUACUGCAGAAUCUGAACCCAGGAAAGAAACCCAUUUGCCGUCCCGCGUCUUCCCUCUCCAGACAGGUGGAGGGCGGGUGAGGGUCUCGCUCGGCUUUCCCCCCCGCACCUUUCCCACCCUCCCGCCCGUCCCUGGGGGUCCUCGGUCACCGCGGCCAUGGCCCAGAAGCCGAAGGUGAACCCCCACGUCGGGCGGCUGGGAUACCUGCAGGCGCUGGUCACGGAAUUCCAGGAGACCCAAAGCCAAGACGCCAAGGAGCAAGUCCUCGCCAACCUCGCCAACUUCGCUUAUGACCCCAGCAACUACGAGUAUCUGCGGCAGCUGCAGGUCCUGGAUUUAUUUCUCGAUUCGCUGUCGGAGGAGAAUGAGACCCUGGUGGAGUUUGCUAUUGGAGGCCUGUGCAACCUGUGCCCAGACAGGGCCAACAAGGAGCACAUCCUGCAGGCAGGAGGCGUCCCACUCAUCAUCAACUGCCUGUCCAGCCCCAACGAGGAGACGGUGCUGUCCGCCAUCACCACGCUCAUGCACCUGAGCCCGCCGGGCCGCAGCUUUCUCCCAGAGCUGACCGCCACGCCCGUGGUGCAGUGCAUGCUUCGCUUCUCCCUCUCUGCCAGCGCCAGGCUCCGGAACCUGGCACAGAUUUUCCUGGAGGACUUCUGUUCCCCCCGCCAGGUGGCCGAGGCCCGCGGCCGGCAGGCGCACUCUGCCCUGGGUAUCCCACUGCCGAGGAGCGUGGCCCCGCGGCAGCGCUGAUCCAUGGAGACCGCGAGACCGCAGCACCCCUGCUGCUGGAGACCACGGUCCUGAUGUGGACGCAGGGAACAGGGGGAGCACAUGCUGCCCCACUGGUGCCUUUUCAGCCAUUUGAAAGGCGGUUCUUUCAGCAGGACAGGCAUUUACACUGUGAUGAAACGCCACUGGGAGUGAGGAAGCCAGACUCCGGAGACACACGGAGAAGAUCAAACUGGAGCUGCUUUCAUAGGCUGGCACUCUCAACCCUACGUCUGGUGCCACCACCGCCAGGCUCAGGCCCUGGUAUAAGAAGCGGCCAAGUGCCUGGACCCAGAGGCUUUGCAGGACAGUGUUCUCAGGAGCUGGGCCUGAGGCUUAGGAGAGCUGCCUUCGCUGCAGGAAAUCAGGGAUUAUCCCUUAACAGAAGUGUCUGGAGUAGUUUUCAGGGAUAGGAAUGAGAUGCCUUGUGGUAAAAGGAUCUCACCCUGGGAAGAUGUGGUGCCCCCUCCAGGGCUCUGGAGGAUGGAUACCUCCCCCAGGGGCUCUCCAAGCUGGGCAUUUGGGCCUGGUGGAUGCCAACCUGGAUAACCUGUGGCCCAGCAUUGACUAUCCGCCCAGCCCUGCUAUCUGCCAGGCACCAUGACUCCAAGAUGAAGAUGUGGUCCCUGCUCUUGAGUGACAGCCCAGGGACUUAAUGUGGCCAUCGGGCAUCAAGCACAAGGCCAUGCAGGUGAUGACACGUCGGAAUAGAGGCACCAGCCCUGGGAACUGCAUCUUCUCCCCUUGCCACCCCACGGCCCCAACUGAAAGCUUCGGCCCUCCUCCCCCACUCGCCACCCCAUGGCCCCGGCUAAAAGCUUCGGCCCUCCUCUGCUGUCACACUCAGUGAUGGGGAGCCCUACCCCAGAAGUGUAUCUCACGAGGGCAUCAGGAACGCAGUGAGAGUGGUGCUCAAGGGAGUCAGGAAGAGAAAGCAACAUAAAGGAUGUGGCUCCAUGUCCACGGUGCCCCCUGGUCAACAGAAGAAGCGUAGGACCCGAUGGAAAGCAGGGGGCUGGUGCAGAUGAAGACCUCCGUGCUGCGGAGAAGGACGCGGUUACCGCCGGGAGCCAAGAGCCCGCCCAGGACUCCGCCCGCCCCCACUCUCCUUACUCCGAUAACUGAACAAAGACAUCACUAUCUGAAUAGAAGAAAAUGAUUCAUUGUAAGCAUCAAAGAAUCAGAACUGGAAGAAAUGUAGCCAACCAUCUAACUUGCCUGCAGUCAGGGAGACUUCUCUGCCUCAACUUCCUGGACCUUCUCCCUCUUAGAUUUCUCAAGUUGUAAACUCCGAAGUCAUUCCUGUAGCCAUUCCUGCGUUUAAUUGCCCAAGAGGUAAAAUAAAUUUCCCGUAUAUCCAAAGGGAAUCUAUCUUAUUUAAACUGAAUUGGGGUUGACCUUUAAUCCUCCAGAUGUAUCUUAUUACUGUACCCCAGCCAGGCACAGCAGCUCACACCUGUAAUCUCAGAAUUUUGGGAGGCCAAGGCAGGAAGAUCAACAUGAACCCAGGACCAGCCGGGGAAACAUGGCAAAACCCUGUCUCUGCAAAAACUACAAAAAUUGGCCAAGCACGGUGGCUCACGCCUGUA